CCGUCGUGGUCCCCGUCGCUUCGGGCCGUGACGUUUGACCCAGUGAGGGGUCAGAGGUUACCGGGACAAGAUGGCGGCGCCCAGGGCGAUGGGAGCGUGAGGGCCUUACACGCCAGGACUGGAAGCGCGGCUGCUUGCUGCAACCGGACUGAGGUUCUCCGGUGUCCGAGGGAAAAGAGGAAGGUGGUGGUGGUGGUGGUGGUGGUGAGCUUCUGCCCGCGGGGUCACGGAAACCCAGGAACUUCCUGUUGGUCUGUUUGCAAUCUGCGGCAUCCUGAGGAGGCUUGACAGGGAAUGUUGCUGAAGAGCUUGUUGUUUAUUGCCAGGCCUGGCCGACCGGUAAAUCAUGGCCGCUUGUUUCACUGGGGCCCCAACAUGUGGGAGAGGUGUGCUCAGGCACAGACACUCUCAGCAGCCACAAGAGCAGUCUCUGUGUUCAGGACGGGAGAAAUGGAUCCUGGACUUCACAAUGACCAGCACGAAGGGCUGCACUACACCAUCUCCCCCAGCGACCUGAAAACUGUCUUCCCCCAUGGCCUGACUCGCCGAUUCCAGAAGCAGGUUAAGACUUUCAAUGAAGCUUGUGUAAUGGUCCGACGACCAGCACUGGAGUUGUUGGCGUAUCUAAAAGCUGCCAAUUACUCUCACCCAGUCAUCCGAUAUGUUGUCUGUAUCCUUUUCUGGGUUUCCUAAAAAGCACCUUGCAAACAAAAUGUUUAAGGGUUAUAAAUGCUGCUUUGAAAAUAUUGUUUGU